AACUUGAAAUGUUUUUAUCAGAUAUUAAAUUCAAAUGUUGUAUAACGCCCCCCAUACUAUAAAACGUUUAGACAGCUUCGGAAUUUAGAUUCAAAAUGGAACCAGAUUGUCCAUCAACAGCAGAAGCAUGGAAUGAAAAGUCUACUGAAAGAGCUUGCACCCCAAAAGGAAAUUACCAUUGUAUGCAAACACAGGAUGGUAAAGUGAUUGAACUGUGUAAAAAUCCUAUCUGGAUAGAAGCAGGUAAAUGUCCCAUCUACAAUAAAGCGGGAAUGUUGGAUUCCACGUCAUGUGUAUCACGACCGCCAAAACCGUGUCCAUCAAACGCUUACAAAUCCAAUACAGUCUUUAAAUACCUAGCGUGUUUCCCAGAGAAGAGUUUUACAAGAAUUUCUUCAACAACUAGCCGAGGUGUUAACCAUGCUGAUCAACAACAAAACACAUCAACAAUCAGAACGAGUACACAUGACGGGGGAGCUGGUCCGGAGCUACUGGCGCUAAUCCUUCUCAUCAUUCCUGUGGUUAUUGGUGUUAUCGUUUUCUUACAAAGAAGAGGGUACAUCAAACGAUGGCGACGAAACAUCAACAGAAGACGUCAUCCUGAGAAUAUCACGGAGGAAUCUGCAAUACCUUCACCUACUGGUACAAACGUUGAGGACGACCAUGGCGAGGAUCAAGCGUUGAUACGUACUAAUGACACUCCCAAUCUGUCAGUUGAAGGAUCUGAUACAAAUGUCAUCCAUCGACCUGGCGAAAAUCAAAGUUCGGGAAGUACAAAAGAAAUUAAUUCAACUCCCAAAGGACCUGAAAUGACUGCCAUCCAGCAACCGCCUGCUGGAGACAAUCAAAGUUUGGGAAGUACAAAAGAAAUUAAUUCAACUACCAAUGAACGGCGUAUAUACGUGAAUAUGGCGAACUUAUCUUUCAUAGACAAGAUGGCAAAAUCACUGUUAUCUCUAAAUAUCAUGGUGAUUAUUGGAUUACCUGGAAGUGGAAAGACUUCUCUCGUUUCCGAAACAGUUAUGUUUGCUUGUCAAAAAUUUACCACUAGUGCACAUGUCCGGCACAUGAAGGACAUAAAAGAGUUAAAGGAAAUAACCACGGACCAGAAAACUUUCCUUAUACUGGAUGAGUGUAUCAAAAGUUGGUUCAAUAAAAAUACCAUUGCUACUUUACUUAAAAAUGUUGAAAAUGUUGUUGAAGCUGGAAAGGGAAAGAUCCAUGCAUUGAUAUGUGUUCCAGCUACUAUUUCAAAACAUGAUCUCGAGGAGUUCCUAAAAAGUAGUUCUUUGCAAGAUAAAAUUUAUGAUCUAACCGUAGAUGGGUACACCGAAGAAGACUGGGGAGCAAUAUUCGACAGUCAUAAGCAAAGUAGAAAGGAAUGGAUCGAGAAUCAAAAAUACGAGAAAGGGGGCAUCGUUAAAUAUAGGGAGGCUUACAUUCAAUGUAAAGCUAAACAUAUAGGAAAAGCGACAAUACCGUCUCUCCUCUUUGAAAACGCGUAUUAUCUAACGAGUGCUUUAAAAUUUCUCGAAAAUCCAUAUGACUUGAUGUUGCAGCGAAUCAAUGGUUUAUCCAAAUCAAAUAGCGGAUCUGAUGUUCGUCAUUUUGCUGCUCUCGUAAUUCUCAUGUUGCACAAUGGAAAAACAAACAUUCGAGAUAUAAACAAAGAUAUGGUCACUGAACUAUGUCAAGUUUUCAAAGUGGAGAAUUUUUCAUUGUCUCACGACUUACAGCAUGAAGACGUGGAACAGUAUGGAGACAUUGUCUCAAUACACUGCAGAGAAACAGUUCGUGUCACAUUUGAUGUUGUUUGGAAGGAGAGAAAAGAUUUGAUCAUCAAAUACUGUGACGGUGAAUUAUUUUUGGAACGCGUCUCCUUAUAUGGAGUGAAAAAAGUUGAUCUCCUCGCAAUAAACGAUCGCUUUCAAACGAUUAUAUCAGCUGGAACGCCAUACGUAUGUGAACACAGUAUUUGGGAAGAGUUACGAGCGAAAUGUUCUACUUUUAAAAAACAACCGCGUUUUUGACAAAUGAUUUUUGAUAGCUCUUACUGAGUAUUUUGUGUAGUUGUUCAGUCUGCGAUCAAUAUUUGACAGCGUUACUUAUUUUCAUAGGUCUAUUAAUGUGUGUUUUCAUAAUUAUAUAAUUUAUAUGCAAAUGAAUGCAUACUUGACUGAAAUUCUAUUGAGCUACCGUGGUGCUUUUAUUAGUGUGUGUUUUCAUAUUCCUAAAAUUUGUAUGCUUACCAAUAUUUGCUGUCCAGAAAGUAAUUGAAAAUAAUGUAUGCUCUGAACCAACAAUAUUUUCAUUGUAUUUGUAUGUUAAAUGGUUGAAUCAGGUACCAAUAAAGUUAUGUUAUUGCAUAA